AUGGCUGCCGGCGAGGCCUCGGCCGGCGCGCGGCCCCGCGCCGCACUGCGCACCCGCGCGGCGCUCGCCGGGCGCCAGUGUCGCGAGCCGCGGCGCGCCGACCGCCGCCUCCACCCGCCACGAGACCGCCUCGCCGCCUCGCCGCCUCGCCGCCUCGCCAUGCGCGCCUCCGCCUCGCGCGCGCUGCCGGCGCUGCUGGCGCUGUGGGCGCUGGGCGCGCCGGCCGCCGCCUCGCCGCGCCGCCUCGACCAGGACUUCGAGUUCGACGACGCGCCGGCGGCGCCGGGCCCCCCACGCCGCGCGCACCGCUACGUGUACGACCCCGACAGCCCGCUGUGCCGCGCGCUGGUGUGCGGGCCGCGCGAGCUGUGCGUGCUGCGCGACGCCGCCACCGCGCUGUGCGCCAGCCGGAAAGACGUGCGCGCGCGCGGGGACGUGGUGCUGCCGCGCGCGCGCGACGACGACGUGUUCUACGAGGCGCGCGCCGAGCCCGCAGAGCCCGACCGGUGCGUUGGCUGUGCGGGCGCGGCGCGCGGCGCCUUCCUGUGCGGCUCGGACAACCGCACGUACUCGUCACUGUGCCGCCUCGACCUGCACAACUGCGUGCGGCGCGCCGCACCGCCCGUGCGGCUGGCCUGCCGCGGCUUCUGCCCGUGCCGCGCGCCGCCCGAGGUGCGGCCCGAGGACCGUCGACGCCGGCGGCUGGAAGCCCACAACGAAAUUUACGCUGAGCGCCCCCACCACCGGCGACAGCUUGCAGGCGCGGCGGGCUGCGCGCUCGACAAGAUGGCGGACCGCCUGCUGGACUGGUUCGCCGUGCUGAUGGACGACGCGCAGGCGCCGCCGCCCGACGGGUUCCCGCGCGACUGCAAGCCGGAGGUGCGCUGGAUGUUCGCGCACCUGGACCAGGGCCGCGACGGGCUGCUGUCGCCCGCCGACCUGUUCGCGCUGCGGCACGACGAGCGCGAGCGCUGCCUGCGGCCGUUCCUGCGCACGUGCGGCGCGGCGCGCGGCGUGUCGCGCGCGGCGUGGUGCGGCUGCCUGCGGCGCGCCGCGCGGCCGUGCGCCGCGCUGGCCCGCGCGCACCCCGCGCCGCCGCCGGGCGCCUACGUGCCGGCGUGCGACGCGCGCGGCUGGUACCGCGCGCGCCAGUGCCACGCCGCGCUGGGCGUGUGCUGGUGCGUGGACGCGCACGGCGCCGAGCGGCCCGGCUCGCGCACCAAGGGCGCGCCGCAGUGUGCCGGAGAGAACGAGACGGAUAACAGCGUGAGCGACGACUCCGAGCUAGCCGAGGAUAGCGCGCACGCACCCGCCGAUGACGAGGACCUGGGCAGCGGCGACGGCGACGUCGACGACGACGACGACGACGAGGACGAUGACGUCGACAACGAGCUGCGCUUCUGAGCCACGCCGACGCCCCCGCCCCCCUCGCACCCCGCAGAGCAAGGCUGGCGCAGAUACUUCAUCACUUUGCUUUCAAACGGUACGGCCUACGAAGUCGGCCAUGUUCAGUAGGAAAACGGUCAUUUUACAUACCUACUUUAUUCAUUUGUCCUUCAUUGGACCUGUUAGUAAGAGUCAAAGUAAAUACCUAAUUAAGUCGUUGACGUACAUACCUACGGGCCUACUAUAUUUUAUUGAACGUUACAGACUUAGAUGGAAUGAGAGAAUAAGGGAGAAUAUUUUCAUAUUUAAAUUUAAAAAAAAUGUUUGCAAUGAUAACGCCGCGGUGGUGACGACUUACCUACUAGAACACAAGCAGACGUCUCGUCUCGCGGGUCUAUGAUCCGGAAGUAGCCCUAGGCUUAGUGCAUUCAUACGUGAACACCACUGCGCCCCCCAUUGGCUUGCAGAAUAAAGCAUACACAUACAAUGCGCCACCAGCAGUCGUCAGGACAGGAGACAGGCAGUGUUCCCAGCGCUUUGGAAUAGACAUAAUAAUCUUACACCUCCCUAAGUAAACUGCCGCGUGCGAGUCGCUGUGAGCACAUAACAUAUGGUCGAUUGGUUGCUGUUUGACUCUUGUAAGAUUAUGUAAGAUAGCAUGUUAAGUAGCAAUGUGGAGCCUUUAUUAGUUAAGGAUAGAAUGUAACAUGUAUUGUAAUACCUAAUAGUUAAAUACUCUGAUAUAAAAGAAACCUAUGUAACAAGCUUAUGAAUAUUUGGUAUAACAUUAUUAGACCGUAGGAUAGAUUUGAUGAUGUGGAUUACCAUAUUAAUCCUGCAACAUCUUUGCCUCCAUGUGCACCACAGAUAGCAUCUGAUUUUGUUACAACAACUGGCAAUGUUAUCUCCAACCUGUAGAUGUAAACAAGAGAGUGGUGAAACAAUUUGUAAAAUAACAACAUCAAAAGGUUAUUUGCACUUUUUUAAAUCUCACUAGUUUAAGUUAAAUAAAUAAAUAAAUUCCUA